AUGUGGCCGUCCUUUUGCCUUGGGUUUUAUUNUUUCCAUUUGGAUAAUAACUUUUUUUCUGGACCCAUUCCUGAAGACUUCGGUGAACGAAUGCCCAUGUUGUCAGAUGUUGACAUCUCUUUUAACUUCCUAAAUGGUUCCAUUCCCUUGUCAAUUGGGAAUUUAAGUCAUUUGUUCACUCUUGUUCUCACCAAUAACCAGUUGACGGGAAAAAUACCAGAUUUCUGGUCUAGUUUAACAACAGUCUAUGUCAUAAACGUAGCAAACAACUAUUUAACUGGUGAGAUACCAAGUUCGUUGGGUAAUUUGGGUUCUGUUUCACCUAUAUUCCUGAUGCUGAGCAACAACCAGCUAUCAGGGGAAAUUCCUUCAGCCUUGAAGAACUACACAGAAAUUACAACUCCUGAUCUUGGAGAUAAUAAACUUUCGGGUAGCAUUCCGGCGUGGAUAGGACAAAGGUUCCCAUCUCUGCUGAUUUUACGUAUAAGGUCAAACUUGUUCCAUGGGAGCAUUCCCUCACAAUUAUGCAAUCUCUCAUCUCUUCAUUUAUUGGACCUCGCUCAUAAUAAUCUUUCAGGAUCAAUUUCCCCAUGCCUAGGGAAUUUGAGUGGUAUUUCUGUUGAUGCUGAAAAUGUGAGAUAUGAAGGGCAGUUGUUGGUGGCAACAAAGGGAAGAGAAUACCUUUAUGAUGGGAAUCUCUAUCUUGUGAAUAGCAUUGAUCUUUCUAGCAACAGCCUGCGCGGAGAGUUGCCUGAUCUUACAAAUCUUUCAAGGCUGGGGAUCUUAAACUUAUCCAUGAAUCAUUUGACUGGGAAAAUACCUGAGAGUAUUGGAAGCUUAAAACAGUUGGAAACUCUUGACCUCUCCAUAAAUCAAUUUUUUGGUCCCAUACCAACCAGUUUGGCCGCUUCUACUUUUCUUUCUCAUUUGAACGUCUCACACAAUAAUCUGUCUGGACAAAUCCCAUCAGCCAACCAAUUCCAAACCUUCAAUGAUCCAUCAAUUUACGAGGGUAACACUGCACUUUGUGGGUCUCCACUACCCAAAAAGUGCAACGAAGACGAAAAAGCAUCUCACUUUCCCAAUGGAGAAGAAACAGAUGAUGAAGACAAGGAUAAACUUGAAAAUCUAUUGUUUUACAGCACCAUAGUACUGGGAUUUCUCAUUGGAUUUUGGGGAGUUUGUGGGUCAUUGAUAAUAAAGAAUUCUUGGAGGCUUGCCUUUUUCAAAUUGGUGGAUGACAUGAAAGAUAAACUCAUCUUGGCUGUCUCAUUAACAUGGGCACGUCUCCAGAGAUCGGCAGAAGAAUGGAACUAAGUUUAAUGACAGGAUAUAUUCGCAUGUCUGAACAUUAAUGCGUUGUCUUUCCUAAAUUUGUCAAUCUCUGUGUUCAGUUUUGUAGAACAAAGUUCGAAUAACUUAAGAAUACAUAGCGAUUAAUGCAAUAAAAAGGUAUU